CACGUGUCUGGUGGAUUUACAUUUUCGGAAGAAUUUGUGCAUAUAUAAGUAAAUUAGAAACCAAGUUAGCUACAUUUCAUCUAUUUUAUGGAUGUAAGCAAGUUGCCUGGUCAACAGAUUCAGUUCAGAUUAAAGAACCAUGUCUGGAAAACGACAACUCCUCCGUGCCGUUGGUACCAAUGUUAAAUCAUUAUCACGACGUGUUUACGACACUUCAGCAGAUGUCACUGCCGUGUCAAGAUGUACUUAUGAUGCGACGACGAGCACACAAUUAUCAAAAUGUCCUUUCCAACCGGCAGUUGCCGACGCUUCAUUCAAUGCACCUUCUAUAGAUGUCAUCCCACCAGCUCAGAUUACCCGCGGUCUAGCGGCUAUCCCAGGGCCUCAACCAUUUCCGCUUAUUGGAACUAUGUAUCAGUAUUUCCCAGGAGGUCAAUUAUAUGGUAUGCCAUGGUAUGAUAAAUUAGCAAAACUACAAGAGCUGUAUGGUGAUGUAGUGCAUGAAGCUGUUCCAGGAGGGCUCCACAUUGUUCAUUUGUAUAACCCAGAUGAUUUUCUUGAGGUGUUCCGGAACGAAGGGAAAUACCCAACCCGGGAUUCAUUUUUCAUGUUGAGACGUUUUAACAAUAAAUAUAACGAUGGGGUACAUGGCAUUAUCACAAGCUCGGGUGAAAGUUGGCAAAAAAAGAGAAGUAAAAUUCAGGGAAAAAUAGCUAAACCUAAAUCUGUUCGAACAUAUCUUCCCGGACAAAAUCCAGUAGCAGAUGACUUCAUAACAUUCUUACGACAUACCCGGAACAAAGAGGACAUUGUUGAGGAUUUGUUGUCCGACUUGUACAGAUAUGCCACGGAAAGUAUUGCUGUGGUGUGUUUCAACAAGCGUCUGGGUGCUCUAGAGAUUAACAGUAAACCCGGUAGUGAGGCCGAACAGUUUAUAAACUCAGUAAAUGAUGUAUUAAUGGCAACACAAUCAGAGAUGGGAAGUCUACCGCUCUACAAUUUGUACGAUACGCCUAUGUUUAAACAGCUAAGCAAAGCUCAGUCAUAUAUAAAUGAAGUAACAAUUAAAAAUGCAAGAGAAGCGAUAGAGUAUUGUAAAUCCAAAGAAAUCCACGAAGAUGACGACGAAGAAGCAAAUAUCCCAACCUUUCUGAACAAAUCUUCUUUAACGGACAAAGAGUCUUUUACGCUGAUAGGUGAUUUUUUCUUCGGUGGUGUAGAUACGACGAGCAAUUUGAUUGGCUUUGUGAUGUAUAAUUUAUGUAAAAAUCCCAGCAAGAUGGCCAUCUUAAGACAGGAAAUCGACGAAGUCAUUGGUCAAGCAAGGGAGAUAACUUCAGAGAACUUUGAAAGAUUACCAUAUUUAAAAGCUGUAAUUAAAGAAUCUUUAAGGGUAACCCCAGUAUCCGCAGGAAACUUGCGAACACUGGCUACUGAAGCAACAUUUAGUGGUUAUGACGUUCCUGCUGGGACGAUGGUGGUUUUACAUAACGAAUGGGUUGGAAAACAAGCACAAUAUGUUCCUAAUCCAGAUGAAUUUAUACCUGAAAGAUGGUUAAGGAAUGGUAAAUAUCCUCCCAUACAUCCCCAUGUCUUACUUCCGUUUGGUUUCGGUCCUAGAUCUUGCCCUGGACGACGUGUAGCCGAACAGGAAGCGUCUCUCUGUUUGAUAAAGGUGUUGCAGAAUUUCGACAUUGAAUAUUGUCAUAGUGAAGACAUGAAAUGUGAAAUGCGGAUAAUCAACAAAAUUAUCACUCCCCUAAAAUUUCGAUUUAGCGAAAGGGGACGACCAUAAUUUUGGUUAUUGACUAUUGAAACCAAAUGAUUCUCAAAAAUAUAACAUGACUCUGAUAAUGUCAUAUUAUAAGCCUGAUAUGAGGGGGUUAUUUCUUGGUGGGACGGAAUAGCUAAUUCGCAAUCCUCCCUGCAAUUUUACUGAAUUGUCGCUUACGGCCAUCCGAGAAUACUGUUUGGCUGUAAAGGAGGCCAUUGUUAAUGAAAUAAAUACAAACUCUCGCGAUAUCAAAUAUAUUCGCGCAUGCCAGGUGAUGCGACAAGGUUUGGAAGUUUUCAAAUUUUGAAUCCGGUUUGUUUGCAAGGGCCUACAUGUAAAUAAAAUAUAUUUUCUAAUCAUUGGUGACUGUAUACACAAUGUCUACGAAUCUGUUAAUAUAUAUGAACAGUCGAUAUAAUAUGAACAAUCAUUGCUACACCAAUUGGUAUUGUGAUUUUAUAUUAACAAUCGAUAUAUAAUCGAUUACUGCCAGACCAAUUUCGUAUUGUGAUUUCUUAUUAACUGCCACAUUCUUUUCAUAUUGUAAUGAAAUUUGCGCUAGGGGUGCCUAAGAAACAACAUGUAUUCCACAUAUUUUGCUUUAGGCCAAGAAAAAGAAAUACCCGUGUUUACGGUUACUUGGCCCAUAAAAUCUUUUUAAUUUUGUUUUCGUGGGGUUUGUAUUAUCUGUUUCCUAGGAUUUCUGACUUAAUUACUGUGUAUUUAGGGUUCUUUGUCCACAGAAAAGCGAGUAACCGGGCUUGGAAAUGAGAGAAGAGUUAAGGGUCUGAGAUUUCGGCUUCAAACAAUAUGGCCGGUCGGGUAACCGAAUAAACACAUGUAUUUUUGUAAUUUUCGAUUUAUUUAUUGAAUCUCGACGGUUUAUAAAAGUCCCACCGUGAUACCGAUUAGAAGCAGAUCGAGUUUGAAUAUCAAUAAUUUGGGUGUAAUUGUUCUGCUAGUCUUGUAUGUUAUCGU